AUGACCAAGGGGGAUCGAAUCAAAAAGGGGGUGUUGGGAAGAAUGGAGAAAUGGUACAAAGAGAAGAAACUCGCGAAGAAAAUGGGCGCUCUUAUGGGGAAGCGCGUGAGCGGUGGCUUCGGGGUGAAGAGGAACCCCGAGUGGUGGAAGCAGCUGAAGAAGAAGAAGCAGCAGAAGAAGCAGAAGCUGCUGAAGAAGCAGGAGCAGUUGAAGAAGCAGAAGCAGCAGGAGCAGCAGAAGAAGCAGGAGCAGCUGAAGAAGCAGCAGAAGCAGAAGAAGCAGGAGCAGCUGAAGAAGCAGCAGAAGCAGGAGAAACAGAAGAAGCAGCAGAAGCAGCAGAAGCAGAAGGGGCAGAUGGGACAGAUGGGGCAGGGGAGGAAGAGACGUGCCCACAACGAGGAGGAGGACGAAGAACAGAUGUGCAGAAGUAAUCCGUAUGGAGGCAAUCCUUUUGGAGGAACCCCCUAUGGAGAAAACCCCUAUGGAGAAAACCCCUAUGGAGAAAACCCCUAUGGAGAAAACCCCUAUGGAGAAAACCCCUAUGGAGGAAACCCCUAUGGAGGCCACCCCCACCGUCGCGCAACCGGGCCCGAUCGCCACAACGCCCCCGGGAGGCAGAAUUACAAAGUGAAGCGCAUAGACGGGGUGGGCAUAGGGAAGAAGAGAAGAAGCCCCCCGCGCACGGAACCCACAUGGGAAGAUGCAGAGCAUGAAAAUGGCGUACCCCGCUUCAUGCAAAAGAAUGGCCGUCCCUUUUGUAGCCACUACCUUGACGAUUUGAGGAGGAUCUACUUCUGCACAGGGCGCACGGCGGAUGCGUACAGUAUGAUGGCCAGCGAGAUGGACGCCAAUGCGAGGGCCGUCCUCGGGGAGAAGCGGCCUUGCAAGAACCAAACGAACGGCCUCGCGCAGAGGCAGUACCUGGAGAGCUCCACCAUUGAGCUCUUCUAUAACCUGGGCAAGGAGGUUACGCAGUUGACUCACCUGAUGAAGCCCAGAAGGCACGAAAUAGCGAUGAGGGAAAAGCUCGUAAAAGAGGUGGAGCGAUUCAUAAGGGGAAUAUACCCAGAAGUGUAUAUGCUAAUCUUCGGUUCAUGCAACACCGAUUUGGAUCUCUAUAACGCAGAUGUAGACAUCUGCAUCUACAAUAGAACCCAAAGCGACAUCAACAAUGUGUAUAAGCUGUAUGGCGAAAUGAAAAGUAAUAAGCUUUUUGAAAACGCAAAUAUUAAGCCAAUUAUAAAUGCCAAAGUGCCAAUAAUUAAAUGCUUCUUCACAAAUGCUCAAAUUUCAGUUGACUUCUCCUUCAAUCAAGUUAGUGCCAUCAUCAGCACUGUAGAGACUCAAAAUGCUUUAAAAGAAAACCCCCUCAUCAAAUAUAUUAUCAUUUUUUUUAAAAUUUUUUUAUUACAAAAUGAUUUGAAUGAUGCUUUCCAAGGAGGCAUUAGCUCUUAUAAGCUGUUCCUCAUCUUCGUUAGAUUUAUGAAGGAGCAUUGCUUCGUUUUCUCUGGAAAGAAUAGCUACCUGUACAUUGGUGAAGUGGUCUACAAGUUCGUUUCGUAUCUGUCCUUGUUUAGGGACAAAUCUGAAGAGUGCAUGGAUUCUUUCUUCUCCUUUAUGUGCUGCUACGACUCCCCAGAUGGAGUGGCCACCCAGGGGGAGCAGUCCACCUGUCAUGCGGCUACCCAGUCGAGACAGACGAUCGAAAUUUUGAAGAGAAGAAAGACCAAAGUUGUUAAGAAGAUCUUCAGACAUAUGUUUUGCAGAGUAGGCGAGACCAACCAGGGAUUCAACGCCAAGCGGAGGGACCUCUCAUUUGAUAAGCUAUUUCAAGUCAGGCAAUGCAUGAAGGAGGUGUUGUACUCCCUUUCAGAUGUGCUCAUAUACCUGGUGAGGAAAAAAACGAAGAACAUCUCUCCAGAGUAUGAUGCGGCCAUCUUUGCGGAUGCUCUCUCCAUCGUCUCCUUCUUCCACUUCCUGCGAGAGGAACGACUCAACCGAUUGCUGCUCAACUGCUAUGCGUUUUUCCACCAGAAGGUGCUGUGCAUCGCGGAGCUACCCCCGAGGGAUGAUCUCCCCAUCGAAGUUUGUGAGGGACCAAAUGGGGCGGCCGCGCAGCAGCGGGAUGUCCCUCCCCACAGUGCAUUCGGAGACGAUACAGCCAGCUCACCCUGUGGCCCUACCGCUAGCACAGAGGGAGCGCCCCCCCUCAUGAGCUACUUCCAACGUGACACCCUCGACGAGGUCCAGGCGAACGUCAACCAGCUGUACCGCUCCAUGGGGAACAAAGCAAGUGAUCACAAUCGGCUCGUGAGGAACGUCUGCUCCGAGCUGGUAAUUCUAAACACCCUGUUGGACUUAAAUAAAGUGUUAACCAACAGGUUUCAUUACCAUCAAAUAUUUCUGCCCGCCCCACAGGGGGGCAAUCCACAGGACGAAGGCGACCUGGCUGCGCGCAAACUGCAGAUGCUGAGCGACUUGGCCAGGUUUAAAAACUACAACCCCAGUGAGGUUAUGGGGCUGGAAAUAAAGAGCGAGUUUUUCGUGAACAGCGCAGACACGGUGUUCGGAGGAGGCGCGGCGCGUAAAGGACAGCCCUUUCUUCGAAUGUACUUUUGA